UCGACGUAUAGUAAGUAGUGACCUAACAUAUGGGACACAUUCAGGGGUACCCUCCAAUCGGAUUUUCAGUCUUUCGUUUACAAAUUUGACGGCCUUUUAUUCACACAAAAACUUUAAUCACUGUUCUCUCUCUCUCUCUCUCUCUCUCUGAGAGACUCAAACCCCAGUACUUCAUGAUCAGUUUUUUUUUCUCAGCUUGUUAGGUCUGACCGAUUAAUCAAAGGAUACGCAUGGAGAAAAAGAAUUUGGUGAGCAACAGCUUGAAAGAUCAUGCUGGUAUUGUCACCAGAACCAUUAGGAGCAGCAAGACUACCUAUGAAGAAGAAGAUUACAAUAUUGAUGGGUUUUCAUGGCCCCCAAGGUUGUACACUUGUAGCUUCUGCAAGAGAGAAUUUAGAUCUGCUCAAGCUCUUGGUGGGCAUAUGAAUGUUCACCGAAGAGACCGAGCCAGGCUCAAAGGCUCACCCCCAAGAGACGGUCAGUACACUAGCACUAUUCUUAACCUUAGCCUCAACAAAGUGCCAUACCCUAACCCUAAUUUUUCAUCAACAUCAUCACCAACCUCACCAUCCUCCUUGAUUUCACCAUUUAGUAGCACAUUACCCUCUUUGAUAUCACCAUCAGCUCCUCCUUCACCUACUUUUUUGGUGCCAUCUAGCGAAAAUAUGAAAUGGGUUGUGGGAGACACCAUUUUUAAUAACCCUCGAAACCUCGAAGGCUCGGAUCUUGGCACUAAAGUUAAGAAGAGUGAAAAAUCAUUUUGUGAAGUAGGAGAUCGUCAACGUGAUGGUUUCAUUGGGGAAGAAAAACAUGGGUGCAUAAAGACUUUCAAGGCAGCUGAUCAUCCUCAUCAUCCGAUUCUUAGGUUGGACUUGGAGAUUGGUCUGCCUGGUGACUCAAAUAAGGAGAACUUAGAUUUGGAACUUCGAUUGGGAUACUCCUAGCUUUGAUUUGGAGAACAAGAUGAAAAAGGCACAACAAUUAGAAGAGACGCUAUUUGAAUUUGAGAUUAUUAUCAGUCCAGGCAGAUUUGAUGGAAUUAAUGUAUGAAUUUAUGAUGUUAUCCCCGGGUGACUUAAUUUAUAUAACUUAUAUUUUUAUGUA